AGAGUAGCCAAGUUGCCUCAAAUUCAGCGAAGACACGCCUCUUUUCUGCUAUAUACUAUAGUUGCACCUAGUCUAUAUAUUACUCAAAAUUCAUAAAUUAAUACUUUAAGAUUCGUUUCGAAAUCAUCAAGGCUUGAGGAGCUAGCUAUGGAGAUCGAUACAGCAACAGGUGAACAUAAAGAAUCACAUAAUGCUAACAAUGUGUGUGAUGAAGAGACUACAGUUGAUUGGAGAGGCAAACCCUCCAAUCCUAACAAGCAUGGUGGAAUGAGAGCUGCUUCCUUUGUCCUUGGGCUGCAAACAUUCGAGAUCAUGGGAAUAGCAGCAGUAGGGAACAAUUUGAUCACCUAUGUGAUCAAUGAGAUGCACUUUCCUCUGUCGAAAUCUGCAAAUAUUGUCACCAACUUCGUGGGCACAAUUUUCCUUCUGGCACUCCUUGGUGGUUACAUUUCUGAUUCUUAUCUUGGCUGCUUUUGGACCGUCCUCAUCUUUGGCUUUAUUGAAUUCUCUGGCUUCAUAUUGCUCUCAGUCCAAGCCCAUCUUCCACAGCUAAAGCCACCAAAAUGCAACAUGAUAAGUGAUGGGGAGCAAUGUGUAGAGGCAAAAGGCUUCAAGGCCUUGAUAUUCUUCAUGGCCCUCUACUUAGUGGCACUAGGGAGUGGCUGCGUGAAACCAAACAUGAUAGCUCAUGGUGCUGACCAGUUCAAUAGAAAAGACUCCAAGCAGUCCAAGAAACUCUCCAGCUACUUCAAUGCUGCCUAUUUUGCCUUCUCUCUGGGUGAACUUGUUGCCCUCACACUCCUGGUUUGGCUCCAAACUCAUUCUGGCAUGGACAUUGGCUUUGGUGUUUCCGCAGCUGCCAUGGCUUUGGGGCUCAUCAGCCUGGUUUGUGGUACAAUAUUUUACAAGAACAAGCCUCCGAGGGGAAGCAUAAUAACUCCCAUUCUUCAAGUGUUUGUGGCGGCAAUAAUAAAAAGAAAGAAAGAAAGUCCAUCUGACCCACAUUUGCUCCAUGGAAUAGAAGGCAAGACACCGAAUGCAAAUGCUGCAACAGCAUAUGAUGUCGGCCAUCCUCAGUACACGAAUAGAUUUGGGUUCUUGAACAAAGCUUGUAUAAAAGCAGGAUCAGAAGGCAACAUAAAUGAAAGUGCUUGGAGAUUAUGCACAGUAAACCAAGUUGAACAAGUGAAAAUACUAAUAACAGUUGUCCCAAUAUUUGCAUGCACCAUUGUAUUCAACACCAUAUUAGCACAACUCCAGACAUUCUCAGUUCAACAAGGAAGUUCCAUGGAUACUCAACUCACCAGAUCUUUCCACAUUCCUCCUGCUUCCCUUCAAGCCAUCCCUUACAUCAUCCUAAUCUUUUUGGUCCCUCUCUACGACAGAUUUUUCGUCCCUUUUGCCAGAAAAAUCACUGGCCAUGAGUCCGGAAUCAGUCCCUUGAGGCGCAUAGGGCUUGGCCUCUUUGUCGCAACUUUUUCAAUGGUUGCAGCUGCAAUAAUGGAGAAAAGAAGAAGGGUUGCAGCAGUGGAGUCUAAUGAAAUCAUCUCCAUAUUUUGGAUAACACCACAGUAUUUGAUUUUCGGAUUAUCUGAAAUGUUUACUGCAAUAGGAUUGAUCGAGUUCUUUUACAAACAGAACAUUAAAGGGAUGCAAUCUUUUUUAACUGCCAUGACUUAUUGCUCAUACUCAUUUGGCUUUUACCUAAGCUCUGUUCUUGUUUCUUUGGUGAACAAGAUCACUUCUAAUUCUUCGAGCCGCGGAUGGAUGGGGGAGAAUGAUCUGAAUCACGACAGGUUGGAUCUUUUCUACUGGUUUCUAGCAGUACUGAGUUUGAUCAACUUUGUGAAUUAUCUCUUUUGGGCUAAAUGGUAUAACAGGAGCAUUCCAUUAGUCCUAGAUGCUAAACCACAGUUUGAUUCUAAGUCUGUAAAGGCUAAUUAUGUUGGAGAUGAUAUGGCUUAAUUGUAUUAGUUACUUAUGCAAAGUUAUGUAUAGAAGAUAAGAAGAUAAUACUGCUUUAUGUAAAUCGCUGCAAUAGCUUUCCAAAGGGUUUGAAUUCAAAGGAAAGGAUGUUUUCUUAGCUACAAA